CAGUUUCCAUGACAACCGCUUACAUCACAAACGACUUCAUACAAUAACAAAAUUUACAUUCUUCCCGACGUUUUCUAUGCUAAUGCUUCAUUAUAAUUAUUAAGACAUAAAGAAAUAUCUCGAUGAGGAAAAUAAUAUGAAUAGACAGAUUUAAGAAAGAGGAAAUUUUAUUUUUUACUAAACAACACAGAAAAAAUGGAGAGACCCACAUCUCGUAGAGGAGUUAAAAGCGAAAUACAUGAUUUUAAAACAUUUUCAAAUAUCAAUAAAACUGAAACGCCAGAUCGAAAUUUAUAUUCACGAUCUUCAUCAUCAUCCCUUAUGUCAAAUCGAUUUUCAAAUACGAUGCCACAUUUCAAUUCCGCAGUAGGAUCGAAUCGUUUGAACACUAGUUUAUCAACAAAUUCAUUUGUUGUUAAUAACAAUAAUAUGGACAGACCUGUAACUCAACAAGGUAUAGCUGCAAUGCGUCCUAAUUCUACUAGAGGAGUACCGCAAAUAAUGAGACAAAUACAAGAUAAACGUUACUAUGAAGGACUUGUACAACUUAAGAUAAGAGAGCUGGUACAAGAAAUAUCAAAUAUUUCUAAAGAAGUAGAUUUACAAGUCAAACAAAGAGUGACGUUCCUGCAUUAUGAUCAAAGAGCAAAGGGACUUGCAUCAGAAUUAAUUGAACUUCAAAGUCAAUUAGCUGACUACAAUAUUGUUGUUGACAAAAUGACAGUAGAUACUGGAAAAAGUUUUAUUGAACAAGAAGCCACUGAACUUUCUCAAAUUAAUGAUAUUGCUUUAUCUGAAAUAGAGACAAUGUUCAAUAAACGGCAAAGAAAAGAAAAGCAUUUACUUACACUUGAAAAGGCUGUUGUCGCAGAAAGGUCGAAUACUGAAAAAAUAGUAGAAAACAUGAAUCAAAUAGUUUUAAAAAAAUACAAUGAACUCUGCGAACAAAAAAUUAAACUUCAAAAACACGUUGACGAAAUGCAGUAUACUUUGGACAAUUUAUCAUCAAAAAAAUUAAUUCUAGAAGAAAAUAUAGCGCUGUCGCAAAUAAAGCAAGAAGCCGUAAAGUUACAGUCAAAAAUAAUGGAGAUUUCAAAAAAGAGAAACACAUUACGAGAAGAGGAUAAAAAAAGGCUUUCGCCAGAAGAAGAGAAAAAAAGUCUUUUUCAGAAAGUCAAACAAGACAACACUGAUAUAACUGUAUCUGAACGUCAUAUUACAGCAGCGAAAAAACGAAUAAUGGAGAUAGAGCAGGAGAUUGAACAAUUGGAUAGUAAUGUUGAUGCAUCUUUGUCAGAAAAAUUGGUUAAAUAUAAGGAACUUCGUAAAAGAGAGGAAGUAAUGGAAGAAUUUAUGGCCUCUUUUAAAGAAAAUGAAACGGUUGAAUUAAAGAAAUUUAAGGAAUUAACUGACAGUGUGACCAGUUGUUUAGAGCAUUUAUCAAGGGAAAUUGAUGGUGAAUUAGAACUGUCAGAGAACAGAAAAUUAGAAGUUUUAAACAGCACAUAUACCGAAUUUAAUAAUAUAAAUAAUGACCUGAACCUAAAGAGCAUGGAGAAGGAAUUCUUUCGAUUGAACAGUAUAUUACUAAAAAUAAGAAACUUUAAUAAACAAUUGAGAACAGAAUUAUUUCAAAGUAAACAAAAUAUUGAAAAAUAUAACAGGGAGUUAAUGGUUUUAGGUGAUUUGGAUAGUCUUAAAGUAAAAUUAAAAGAGUCAAAUAUUGAACUUUUAGAUGAGAGGAAUCAACUUAAAGAACAUCUUCCAAACGCUGUGAAUAAAUUAGAACUUCUGUUAAAACAAUAUGAUGACGUUAAACUUCGUUUACUUCAAAAUGAUAAUUAUUCGCAAGUUGUUGUUCUUGAAGAAAAGUUUAAAAAAGCAACCGAUAAGAAUGAAAAUAUUUCUGCUUUCAUUUUUAAGGAAAGAGAACGACUAAAUUACAAUCACAUCAAGAAAAGUGCACUAUCUUCAAAUGUAAAAUAUAACUCACAGCUUAUUAAUAGUGUAAGAAGUAUAUAUUAAAUCGGUUUUUCUGUAUAAUGCUGAAAUUUUCUUUAAUUUAACAAAUUGACUUUUGUGUUGUUAAUUAUGGAUCAAAAUUGAAAAAAAAUUAUUUCUUGUUUAUUUCUUUACGUUCAUUAUAUUUACUACUUACUUUGUCAAAUAAGAAGCUAUGACUCUUUCUUGUCUGCUAUCUGAAAUCGCUACUAUUAUGCGUUAAAUAAUUGUGGUUCAAAAGUUUUUGAGGUGAAAAAUUUUAAGGAGAAUUCAAAAACUAAGUUUUUAAUAAUACAGGACUCGAACCAGUGAAAGUAUUUAAAAGUACGGAUUUUACGGACCAAAAAUGAAAAAUUAUCGACCA